CAUGGCCAUGAUGAGCCGCUCCAUCGCCAGCGCCCCCAUGGCGCGCCCCCUCUGUCCCGGUUCCGUGAAGCGCGACGCAGGUUCGUCGUCGGCCUCGAGGAGGGAGGGAGGAGACGGAACGGCGCAGCUGUGCAGGACACCACCAGGAGCACGGAGCACCUCGUGCUUUUCAGGGGCGGGCGGUGCUCUCGUCCACGGAACCGGAACUUUCCGCGAUAUAAACUCCUGAUCCGGUUCAGAUAGGUAGACACCGGAGCCGGAGCGGACAGAGAGAGAGGGGUGAAACAGAGUCGGUUUCUCGUCCUCAUCCGGGUAUCGCCGCCGUGCAGCAGACAUGUGGGCGCUGGCGAUGAAGCGGCUCAUCAUGGCCAUGGCCAUGGCCAUGCAGCGGGGCCGGCGGCGUCGCAAAGCCCAAGCCCGCGAUGCAUCGAUGCCCAUGUCGGCGGAAGGUGAAUGUUCAUCCCGGCCCCGGCAUCUGGAUCAAGAUUCAGAAGCAGGUGGGAAAAGGAUGAAAUACUCAUCAGGGCCAGAUCUUCCAGAGGUAUGCCAUCAAUAUAAUAACUCCAAUAAAGACUUAAUGAUGACAUUUUGCAAGUAAAAUAUCAGUACGAUUGCCCUACUUCACUCCUUAUUUUUGUUUUCCUGUAACCGAGACGCCAAGUUCCUGCAAGAGGUAAAAAAACAGUUAUCCAUCUGCAGUCUAUGGCUAAUUGGCUAUACACUUCACAUUAGACUAUUGAAUUCACUAUUAUGUGUGUGAAACAUCAAUCUUUUAUCCGGUCUCUCCAACCUCUCAUCUUAGUUUCCAAGUCUCAUGUCAUAUAACUUGCUGGCUAGCUGCCAACAAGGCUUUCGCAUGAGCUUUCUGCCUGAUUAUAAAUAUCUGAAUGUCAUUUGUACCAUGUACGAGUUAAAUAUUUAUUGCUUUUCCUUCUUGCUCUUUCAUUGCUACAUUGAUCUUUAUAUAGCGUGGUAUUACGCAAUUAACAUUAUUCGAAGCAUUUUUGUUUACGGUGUAUAUAAGAGGCCAAAAUGCCAAAUAGGUGAUGUUGUUGACUGCUCCCUGGGUAACUCAAAAAAUUAUAUAUCGUAGUUGCCAUCAGCAGCUUUUUUUAAGGAAAGCCACUAAUAUUUUUUGCUGAAAAAAGAAUACAGCAUCUUCCUCCCCAAUUACGGACUUUGCGCGAGCAUGUGCACAGCACCUGGGGCAGAAUAUUAUUCCACGAUUUUGCUUCUGUUUUCUCUCCUCGGACGAAAUUAACCAUCUUUCUUCAUAAAUCUAGUGUUGAGUUCUUCUCCAUGAUUGUGCUUGCAUUACAUCUGGCAUCAUAUAUACUCACUAGUUCCAAUGCAAGAUGCUGCUCGUGCUGCCUGCGUGUCUCGCGCCUUUCGACGUCGUUGGAGGUGCUAUCCCAACCUCGCAUUCAGUAACUUAAUAGUAGACUGGAACGGAGAUAUACAUGUAAAGCAUGAACCAGCAAGAGAAUUCUCCAGCAGGGUCAACCAAGUUCUGACAAACCACUCUGGUGGCUUGAAGACUCUCAGGCUUGAAUUCAUUGGCCCCAGUUCCAGCGACUGUUGCUCUCUCGAUAGAUGGCUUCAGGUUGCCAUUACCCCGGUUAUCGAAGAACUCAGUUUUCAGCUGUCUUCAGCGUUGGCAGCAUACAGCUUCCCGUGCUCACUUUUAUCUGAUCUGAGCGGAACCUUGAUUCGGCACCUACACCUUGCGGGUUGCGCCUUUCGUCCUGCGGCCAAACUCAGCUGCUUGAGAAGCCUUACACAGCUUCACCUGUAUCAUGUGGGCAUCAAGGAGGAUGAAUUAGGCUGCCUUCUUUCCAGUUGUCCUGUUUUGGAGCUGUUUGCAUUUGGGAAUUGCAGUGGGAUCACUUGCCUCAAGAUACCUUGCACACUGGACCGGCUCAGGAGGCUUCACAUUAUCAGUUGCAACGCUCUACGAGCUAUAGAGAGCAAAGCUCCAAAUCUCUUCAGCUUUUACUUUGCUGGUAAACGAGUACAACUCUCACUUGGAGAGCCAUUGCAAUUGGAGAAACUAGUACUGUCCCAUCCACAGGCCCUCGAUGAUGCUCGUGCUACACUUCCGUCAAUUGCGCCAAACCUCCAAACUCUUCGCAUAACUUCGUGUCUUGGGGCCAGUAACACUAUGAUGCACAGUCGAUUCCUCUACCUCAAGUUCCUCAGUAUUUGGGUUCAUACCUUCCCAUUUCAUGAUGUGAAUGAUUAUAUGUCUUUGGUUUCAUUUCUUGAUGCUUGUCCAUCGUUGGAGACUUUCGCCUUGACAACACCAACGGAACCCAUGGAGCAUGAGUCGAUUAUCGGGGACCCCUCGCAUCUGAGGCGGAUGCCAGGACAUCGACAUGGCAAGCUGAAGAGCAUGAAGGUCUUGGGUUUUAACUCUGCAAAAAGCUUGAUCGAGCUAACAGUUCAUAUCAUUGAGAACGCAGGGUCACUCGAGUCCCUUUCAUUAGACACCACUUAUUAUGCUGUUAGGUGUUCUGACGGCAUCAGUGACACAUGCUCUAGCAUACGCGAGCGUACUCGCAUGGAAGCUCCUAGAGCGCUCUUGGCUAUCCAAACGCACAUCCAGGGGAAGGUCCCCUCCACGGUUAAGUUAGAUGUUCUGGAGCCUUGCAGCCGAUGCCAUGCUUCUUGAGCUUUAGAUGUUAAGCUCAGGUUUAUUAUCAUGAUGCUUAUAGUAUAAUUUUAGAUGGGAUGCGAUUGAAACAUUGUGCUUGUAAUUGUACUGAGUGCGUAUAUCAAUUAUCGGCAACAUUAUUAAUGUGUAUCAUCACAGCUUGAGAUGUUAAGUUGUUAGAAUAUUCAGUGGUAUCUUCUUACUGGAGUUGGAACAAGCACUCGAAUUACAUACAGUUCAUAUAGUUGAUGUUGAUGCUACACUUAUAUCAUGUUGCAAAUAUGUAUGAUAAGCACUAUUUUCAUGUGUCAGUUCAAUGUUUACACAAAAAGGUGAAAAACUGCAUAGGUUAUGCAAUAGCAUGCGCACCUGCAGAAAC